AGUCCCUGCUCCAUGCUCCACCCCUGGUGUUUCUGUUUUCCAGGUCUUUGUCCCCGGAACUUGCACUCAUUCCUGGGUGUCCACCAGGGUUUUCUGCUCGCAUCUGGAUCCCAGUACGACUAGCCUGCAGUCCAGUGCCCUGUCCUACAGAAACCACGACCUGCUUAAGUCUGGAAAGAAAGCCAGAAAAGAAAAGGAAGAAAGGAGAAAAACACCUUCCCGGCAACUUUCUAUCGUCUCCUCUCGCCCCGUCGGUUUACGCUGUCGUCGAAGCGGUGAAGCAGAGCUGUGAUUCAGAGAUUCCUGCCUGCAGUUUUUUUUUUAGAAAAAACUUUUUACAUGUUUUAAAUUUGCUGUCCAGUCGCUUCUUCGUGUUGUUGUUGUUGUUGCUGUUUCUUUUUUCUCGAUUGAGCCUGGGACUCAGCACAUACCCGAGUUGUUUUUUUUUUUUUUUUACACGGACGACGCGUUUGAGCCGGGUCUGCAGAGUGGGGGUUUCGGUGUUUUUUCCUCUCUAAACUUGUUUCAGAGGUGGUUUCAGAGGUGGCCUCAGAGCUGCUGCUGCUGCUGCUGUGAAUGAAGAAUCUGUCGAGCUGAAGAAACCAGCGCGUCUCCAUGAGGAAGCUCAGCGUGGGAGUCGCUGAAACUUUGUCCUAGCUUACACACACCUGAGCGAUUAUACAAUUAUAUCUAGCUAUAUAUAUAUUUUUUUUUGUGCGGGCAAUUUUUUUGUGUUAUUUGUUUUUGACUGACACAAAAUGAAGACGCUGUUGGUGCUGAGUGUAGCCUGCACGCUGGUUGUGUUGUCUGUUUCGGGGACUGCGGAGCAAAAGUUGAAAAACUGUAAUGAAGUUCGUGCCGCCUACAGCUCCAAAGGCUUCAACGUUAACGAUGUCCCCAACAAAGGAAUCAACGGAGCCCCCCUGAAAGUGUGUCCGCAGGGUUUCUCCUGCUGCACGGUGGAGAUGGAGGAGAAGCUGAGCCAGCAGAGCCACACGGAUGUGAAAGCUCCCGUCUCCAGGCUGAGCACCAACCUGCAGUCCACCUUCAAACAGAAGCACGACCACUUUGACAAGUUUUUCCGUGAGCUGUUGAAAAAUGCAGAGCUCUCGCUGCACAGCAUGUUUGUGCGAACGUACGGGAUGAUGUACGUGCAGAACGCGGAGCUGUUCAAGAACUUUUUCGAGGCCCUGACUCGGUACUACGUGUCUGGCAGCGCCGCCGUCAACCUGGAGUCCAUGCUGUCGGACUUCUGGGCCGAGCUCUUGGAGAGGAUGUUCAGGCUGGUCAACGUGCAGUACGAAUUCAGCGACGCCUACAUGGAGUGCGUCAGCCGGCACACGGAGCAGCUGCAGCCGUUCGGCGACGUGCCGCGCAAGCUCCGCAUUCAGCUGACACGGGCCUUCGUCGCCGCUCGCACCUUUGUGCGCGGCCUGGCGCUCAUGCCAGAGGUGGUCAAUAAAGUUUCUACGGUCAGCGCGUCUCCCAGCUGUGUGCGAGCGGUCAUGAAGAUGAUGUACUGUCCCUACUGCUCGGGCCAAGUAGCCCUGAAACCCUGCCAGAAUUACUGUCUGAAUGUGAUGCGUGGGUGUUUGGCCAACCAGGCCGAUUUGGACACAGAAUGGAACAACUUCCUUGAUGCCAUGCUCAGCCUGGCUGAGAGGCUCGAAGGUCCCUUUAAUUUUGAGUCCGUCAUGGAUCCCAUCGACGUGAAGAUCUCAGAGGCCAUUAUGAACAUGCAGGAGAACAGCAUGCAAGUGUCGCAGAAAGUUUUCCAGGGAUGUGGGCAGCCUAAACCAAGCACGGCCUUCCGUUCCGCGCGUUCUGUCAAGGAAACAGGCUUUACCGGCCGCUUCCGCCCCUACAGCCCUGAUGCCAGGCCCACCACCGCUGCUGGGACCAGUUUAGAUCGACUGACAAAUGAUGUGAAGAAGAAGCUGAAACAUGCAAAGAAGUUCUGGUCCACAUUGCCAGAGACUGUGUGCGCAGGUGAGAGGAUUGCACCUGGGGACGAGUGCUGGAAUGGAACAGCAAAAAGCAGGUACGAGUCAGUUGUCAUUGGCAAUGGACUGGCCAAUCAGGUAUCAAACCCUGAUGUGGAUGUGGACAUAACAAAGCCAGACAUUUUGAUUCGCAGUCAGAUUGCGGUUUUGAAGGAAAUGACGAGCUGGCUCAAAGCUGCUCACAGCGGCCACGACAUCUCUGUCGAUAUCGAUGAGGAUAGCAGUGGAGGAGAGGAGAGCGGCAGCGGGUGUGACUCUCCAUCCUGUGACACAGACCGGGACAUCUACUUCUCCACUCCACCGAACCCUGUCAAACCCCGGGUUAAUCAGGUGGGCAGUAGUCCAUCGGCUGGAGUCGCCUUACAGGGAAGCAUGGCGGCGGCGCUCUGCGGGCUGGCCCUGGCCCUGCUUGCUCCCCACUUGAGAUAAAACUGGCUGGGCAGGGAGAGGACGAGAACGACCAGGAAUGACGGAAUGAAGGGGGAAACUGUCAGAGAGACUUUAAAAAGACUGCCUUCAGGACCUUGGACUGUCUGCCAUUGGGGGGGGAGACUCUUCUUAAUAUUAUAACUUCACUUUUAAUUAUUUGUUUGUAUGUUUUUAAGGACAUCAGUGUACAGCAAUAUGAUUUUCUUCCCAAGAAAUCCACCUUUUUUCCCCCCCCUUUUUUCCCCCCUGAGAUAAACCAUUACUCCUUAUGGCUCUUUUGGAGCCUCACUAUGGUUCUGCUUGCAGCAUUACAGACAUUAUAUAAUUGUCUUAUUUUGGCAAUUUAAUCUCAUAAUUCAUUUGUGUGCCUUCUUCAAUGAUUGCCAUCUGAUAACUAAAUAGUAAGCGAGAUGUCUGGUUGAACAUCGAGUGCCUGUGGUGGGAUGCAUCUUCAUAUUUCUGAGGAUUUUCUUUCUUUCCAUUAUUCAGAGAUCAACAGAUCACGUCAUGUCGUUGUGGACGUUACCGUUUCAUAACAACAAUUUUUGCACAUUUAUCAGUGUGCACACUGUGAAUGUUUGUGUCGGUGCAUUUAUACAUUUAAAUACAUCAGCCAGUCAGAAGUGAUGAAGCUACCUGUUGAUCUCCACUAAGUAAUAGUUUGCGCUUUAGUUCGGUUUGCUUUGGAGAGAUGUUAAAACUCUUCUCAGCUCAUCUCUCAGAAAUACAGGGAGAGAAGUUACAGCACAGGAAUCUAUGUUUGACCUGGAGAUGGAAUCAGUCUUUAGAAGAGCUUUUUUUUAGGGCGCUCUGCGAGCCCAAACAUGCAUAUUGUAUGUCUGCUAUGAGCAUUAUCACAGCCUAACUUUUAAUUUCCUCAUUCAUUUUUAAUUUAAUUUCCUCCGCUUAAACACUUCAGUAGUAAGGUCAUACCUCAUGCAUGUUCCCAUUGUCAAUGCAAUCCAGUGAUGUCGAGUUGAAAGUGUCUGAUAGAGUUGAGAUGUGUGGCUGGCAACCUGGUGAAAGGUAACUGGCGUGGAAGGAGAAGGACUCCCCUGGCAUUACCCCUAAAGAAGGCAAAGCUGACAAGUCCUGAAAGCCCUUUUUGGUACUGUAAGCUCAGUUCAGCGCAGAGGAUCUGACUCUAUACAGUCUUACUGUUUGAAAAGAAAAGGUGGCGACAUGUAUGUUCAGAGCAUUUCACAGUAAACUAGAGAAGAGGAACAAAAGACAGUGCUUUGAUCAAAUGAAAUCAAGAAAAGAUUAUUUUAAUACAGGGUUUUAUGUUGAAGAGGUGUUGUAAUUUUUAGCUAUUUUUGGUAUGAAGAUAUAUAUUAGGUACUACAGUGGAUUUUACUGCUAGUUUUAGGUGGUGGAAGAGGACAGUGUGCACAGAACUUGGGGGCACUUUUGGUCAGUGUGCACAGUGUUUUGGGGCUUUUUUUUUUUUUUUUUUUUUUUUAAAUGCCCACAUCCCCCCGUCCCACAAUACACACUUGUACCUCUUAAAUGGCCUGUGUCAGUAUAAAAGGACUCAUCCUGAACCAUUUGACCUACCUAUCCUCAGCUUCACGUUCUCAUCAUUUUGACUCGAGGUGGAAUGUUGAAGUAUCUUCACAAGUGCUACCAAAAUUAAUGCAACGUACGGUGCCUGAUCUUUGUUUUGUUUUUUAACCUCGGUACAUUAUUAGCAACUUGGUAAAGUCAAAAGAAUGUAGGUGUUGACGAUUUGUAUCUGACUUCUCAGAUUCCCUGAGGGGUGUUUGAGUUUAUUGUUACCAGCUGACAAGCACAACAAAAGGUUUUCUAUGUCUUCUAAUUUGAUAAUCAGGUCUGUAAGUUACAUUACCUGGCCUUUCAUCUCUAAAAUUAUGCUGCCUCAUGUCGCUUUUGUACAGUAACUUAUGCAUGUAUGUAUAAUGUCAUUUCAAACAUGCUUUUAGAACUGACAUAGAUUAUCCAAAAUACAGUAUUCAGAGGGUUUCAAUAUGCAAAAUUUAGGUGAACAAUAUUCAUUUCUCAAAGUGUUUGAAUUGGUAUUAGAUUUGGGGGGUUAAAUAUGCAUUCUUACUGAAAUUUUCAAAUGAAUUCUACCUUUUAUGGUUGCUACAGAUCUAAAACAGCUGGCUGCAGUUUAGACAGAUGGUAAAUACUGGACACAAAAUGUUCGCCUCUUGUUUGGCUUUGAGAUUAGAUUAAGUUUUCUCAAAAAAUAAAGUGGUGUCCCCGAUUAACAGACGUGGAACAAAUCAACAAGAACAUCAGUAAUUAACAAUCUGACUUGAUGACCUGAUUUGAUGAAACAUCUAUGCAACCCAUGAAAAGAACUGAAGCCUUAUUCUAAAAUAACGAAGCUGUGCUCCAGCAGCUCGAUUUGGCAUCACUUCUGCCUGUAACUGGUUCAAUUCUCCCCAUUUUUGUGUUCCACCAACAUUUCUACAAGGGCUUGUGCAUGUGUUCGUGUCAUGUGGAAGAGUUGUGUCGAGUGUGAAGAAACCCAACUUUCUGAGAGUCCGAAGAAAUGUUUUGGGUGAUGAUGGUAAAUGUCUGUGCUUGCAGGGCCAGGGCAGCAACAUUUCCCAGCUAGCAGGAGUUGGUCCAGCUGCUGGAUGAUGUUCCUUCGAUCCGCAGAGCAACUUCAGUCUCGUGACUUUAAAGUUGAGUUGGACAGGUGUCGAAACCUUUCCUUCUGCCUUUGGCCCACAAGAACAGAAAGGACUCACUCUCUGAGGAGGGAGUGAGUGACUUGACUGAAAAGAAUAAAAAAAAAAGUGUAAAUAAAGAGCAGCCGUUUUUAGAUGUCUCUAAAAGAGGCCGUAACAGUACACCAGAUUUUUACUUGUCAGAGUAUCUCCUAAAUGCUAUGGAAAAACAAAAUGAGAUAGAUGUUAAAUUGUAAGAGAAAAUGUAUAUUAAACAACAUUUCUUAGUCUUGUUGAAAUAAAGACUGCCAAUAUUUAAA